AUGAAAAGAUUAAUUUUGGGUUCACCGUGCCCCUGUACGAUAUUCCUUUUAAUACAUUGUACAAUUUCCCUUUGUAUAUGGUUCUUGUAUACGGAAAAUUUAUCUGGUGCAACUGUUGAUUUUGAAUACUUUGCAAUUGAUAAUCUGGGACAAUAUGGAAAAGAAGCCUACUUGCAAAUAACAAGGAACGACAUUGUAGAUAUUGAGUCAAAGUACUCGAUCUAUCACUAUAAUGCUUGGAUCUCUGAAAGAAUUCCACUACAGCGAACUCUAAAAGAUUAUAGGGCUCCAGAAUGUCGGAACAUUAUCUAUACUUCCGAGGGAAACAUUACUGUUAGUAUUAUUAUUGCCCAUCAAAUGGAGCAUCCACACACUCUACUAAGAACCAUCUACAGUAUAAUUGCACAAACAUCUUCUGAUCUCCUCAAUGAAAUAAUACUGGUUCAUGAUGGAGUUGCCGAUUGGGAUUUAAGUUGGUAUAUAUCGCAAAAGCUUUCAAUGGUAACUCAGCUGGAAAUUGAGUCACCAAUUGGAAUCAUUCAUGCCCGUUUGAGGGGAGCAAAAAUUGCAACUGGUGAUGUCCUUGUGUUUCUCAAUUCCCAUAUGGAGGUCACAAAGGGCUGGUUGCCUCCUCUGCUGGAACCCAUUCUGUGGGACAAAAAAAGAGUCACCCAGCCCAUAAUGGAUACCAUAUCCGGGGACUCCUUUGCCUACCACAAAUUAGAGGAGCCCGAGCAAAUGGCCUUUGAUUGGCAGUUGGAGCGCAUUUGGAUCCCCUUGGAUAAGAUUACCAGACAUACUCUGCCAAAACCAUUCCCUUCCUCGCAACUUGAUGGACGUGUAUUCGCAAUACAUCGCAAAUGGUUUUGGCGUCUUGGCGGUUGGGAUGAGGGCCUCAAGGAUUAUGGUGGUGAUGCUCUGGAACUAAGUUUAAAGACAUGGCAGUGUGGUGGUCACAUCCUCACAGUUCCCUGUUCUCGAGUGGGAAUCAUCUACAAUCGGGAUGAGAUUGAGGCUCAAAUGGCUCCGAACAAGAAUCUUAAGCUGCAAGUUAAAAAGAACUUCAAGCGUGUUGUUGAUGUCUGGUUCGAUGAGUUCAAAAUCAAUUUUUACCUGAAUAACCCAAGGCUGAGUAACCUCUCCACCGAAUCGCUGAAGGAGCAGCGAGAACGGAGAUAUAAACUAAAAUGCAAAUCCUUCGGUUGGUACCGCAGUCAAGUGGCGCCGCAUUACAGGAACCAUUAUCUCAAUGCCGAAACUAUUAACUAUGCAGUUGGCAAGAUAACAUCCUUUCAGGCGCCAGACUAUUGCCUAACUAUCAAAGCAGGAUUCCCAAACAUGAGGAGAUGCAAUUCUUCCAAGUUUGAAGACUGGACAUGGACGUCGCGCUGCCAACUGAAACUUGGUCCAAUGUGUCUGGGUGUGGACCCUAAAAAUAAUAUCAUUGUUUCGAAAUGCACAAAGAAAAUUCCCGAUAUUCCCUGGCAUUAUAAUUACCAGCAAAGGUCAUUUGUCACUCAGGGAAACAAAUGUCUGCAAAUUAAUAUGAGUACAGGCCUAAUUUUAAGACCUUGUGACUCCGAUAAGGUAGAACAACGUUGGAUGUAUACGGGAAUUAAAGACUUUAAGUUAGAUCAGGCUUUGAAUAUAUGUUUAAAUAUAAAAAAGUAAUGGUACAAGCCAUCUUAUUUCAAUCCUUUCUGACAAAGCUUUACCACACUUCAAAAUAUUUCGUUUUAAUACUUUUUGGCAAGCAGCAUUAAAUUUUAUUUUUGUAAUUAUUGGAUUGUAAUUAGGGUUACAAAGAAAGCGUAACUGUAAAUAAGAAAUAAAAAUGUAUUCACUAAAACUAAGUAAAAUGAAUAAAUCAAUAUUUUAAGGUCCUGAUUUCCCAGAUAUAAGAAAAAGAACUUAUGGAAGUGUUCAGGUAUCAUGAGGUAGCGUUUGUAUAGUUUCACCCAGCAUUGCUAGCUUUUUACACUUAAUAACUAAAAUGAAUUUAGUAAUGAUCUACGCCAAAUAAUUAAAAUGACGUUAAUAAAAAUCUA